GUCCUGUGGCGCUGUAGGCAGCACGUAUAGCCGAUGGCUGCCCGAAUGAAUCAUAUAUCGAAGCGGGCAUCGCGCAUCUGUGCGCGCGGGCCAUCGUAAAAACUGAGUCCUACAAAAACCCAGCGCAAGAGUUGGGCUGCUUAGUGGACGGCAUGCGCGCACGCUUCCGACGCGGAGGCAGCCUACGACUGCUCGUGCUCGCCUCCCUCUGCAGCACUAACGCGACGCCGGCGCCGACCACGGCCGCACCUACGGCGGCGCCCACCGUCACGUCACUGCCGACCACGGCGACUCCGACGGCCGCCUGCCGCCCACUGCUAGAGAUGACGCGUGAGAGCGUUCGUGCCAACAUCACGGUCAUCGUCGAGGCCCCGGACACGCCGCUCGCCGCCAUCGAUUACCAGGCGGACUCGCGCUACGUCGUGCACGAGGACAAUUUCGACGUCGUCACUCAUUAUAGCUGCGACGAGGCGUCGGAAGCGGGCUUCUCGUGCGCCGAGUUCGAGCGCCAGGGCUUCUCGUGCGAGGACUGUGCCUGCGCCGGCCGGCCGCCGCGCUGCGAGUACUGGGACAGGGAACGCGUGCGCUGCCGCGCGACGUACGGCCCGACCUUCCACGAUAAACUCUGGGCGCUCGCCGCCUGCGACGCGGACGCGGGGUGCAUCGCCGUCAUGAAAGUCGGGCAAGAGGGCUACGAGCGCUGCGAAAGCGUGCACAACGCGGAUCGCCGGGACGCCUGCGGCAGCGGGGAUUUUGAAGACGGGCGGGGCUAUCACGCGAGAACCCUCGUCUGCGGCCAGCUCGGCGGCUACAAGCCCAUGCGGAACCGCGCUGCUCAUGGAUUUUUCGCGUUCUUUUCGUGUCUAUCAGCGGUGCUGGGCGUCGUCGCGGUGUGCGCGCCGGCGUGGGCGCCGGAAGUCGAGCCGCGGCGGACGGCGACGCUGAGCUUGAGUCUCUUCGGCGUGCUGCCCUGCUGCGUGUUCACGCUGAUCGGUUUCGCGAUCCUGAGUGCCUGGUACGGCCACGGCCGCCCGGGCGAAGGUGCUUGUAAUCCUGACCUGCCCGCGGCGGGCUGGACCAUGACUUGCAUCGGCUUCGUCCUCCUCGCGCUCGGCGCGUCGGCGUACUACAUGCAGGGCGGCUUCGACGAGGCGCAGGUUCGACGGGGCGUUGUUCCCCACGGUCACCCACCCGUCGUGGCCGCCUGGCAGGCCGCGCCACCGCCGAUGGCUCCGGCAACUGUCGUGGAGCUCGCGCCGCGGCCGGUCGUCCAGCCCGUCGUCGUCCAACCCGAAAUAGUCCACCAGCGCCAACUCCAAGUCGUCCAGGGGCAGCACAUCGCCAUGGCGUCCGAAUCGAACCCGUAAUCAUUCUGUUUGAACGUAGUAGACACACAUAUACAU